UUUGUUUUUGUCAUUUUUUGGGAAAGCUGUUGCUCUGACCUCCCCUCUCUGUUCCCAGUCGAGUCGCUCUCCUUCUCUCUCUCUCUCUCACACACACACACACACACACUGCUCCCCCUCUCUGCCUCUCGUUCUCUCAGCAUCAUUCAGAGCUUCAUCUCCUCGGCUGGAAUCACACAGGAUUCAUCUGUAGGUUGAAAUCACUCCACUGGAUAUUCUGAGGCUUUUCCCGCAUGCACCGGAUCUCGGGAUAGAUGCUGGAAACGGACCGUGGGAUGAGACGGGAUGAGGAGUCCUCCUCACCGGACCUUCCUGAUGAGGACUCAUUGCAGCUGCGCGUUUCGAAGCUCUUGAUGUCAUGAAUAACUGACGCUUCCGUAUAGGACUCGUUUUGGAGGGUCUCUGUGUUGUUAUGUGAUCUAAUUGCACGGUUAUGUAACUCUAAGUGUUUUCCGUGGAAGGAAAUACCGAGUCUUUCGGUAUCACUCUCGCUCCGGUGCAUGCCUGCGCUCGCUCCCUCGCGCCGGUGUGCACCGUGAAUCUGCACCGAAUCUGCACUGAAUCUCCGGUGAGAUGGCCGCGGCGAUCGCCAGCUCGCUCAUCCGACAGAAACGGCAGGCGCGCGAGUCAAACAGCGAGCGUGCGGUCACCGGUAAACGUCGCUCAAGCCCCGGUAAAGAGCCCUCGGGACGAGGCUCCCUGUGCGAUCGGCACCUGUUCGGACUCUUCGGUAAAGUCCGAUUCUGCAGCGGGAAGAAACGACCGGUGCGCCGGAAACCAGAGCCUCAGUUGAAGGGGAUAGUGACCAGGCUCUUCAGUGAGCAGGGCUAUUACUUGCAGAUGCAGCCGGAUGGAACCGUCGGCGGGACCAAAGAUGAAAACAGCGACUACACUCUGUUUAACCUGAUCCCCGUGGGUUUGCGGGUCGUGGCGAUACAAGGCGUGAAGGCCGGACUCUACGUGGCCAUGAAUGGAGAGGGUUUCCUCUACUCCACGGAUACGUUCACAGCGGAGUGUAAGUUUAAGGAGAGUGUGUUUGAGAAUUAUUACGUGAUCUACUCGUCCACGAUGUACCGCCAGCACGAGAGCGGACGCGCCUGGUUCCUCGGACUCAAUAAAGAAGGAAUCAUCAUGAAGGGAAACCGGGUCAAGAAAACUAAACCGUGCUCACACUUCGUGCCCAGACCCAUUGAAGUGUGUAUGUAUAAGGAGCCGUCUCUGCAUGAUAUUGACGAGAAGCAGCGGUCCAGGAAAAACUCAGGAACUCCCACCAUGGGCACCAGGAAAGAGUUAAACCAGGACUCUACCGAUCAUGAAGGCUCAUAGCCACACACACACACACACACACACACACACACACCGACCUGUAAAUGUACACACAAACACACACACACACACACACACACACACACACGGUGACCCCUGGAGCUGAAUGCUUUCUUACACCCGAACAAACAACAGCAACUUCAGCAUCGACAAGCAUCAAACGAAAACAAAAAUUAAUGAAGUAACAUAAAAAUAAAAAUAAACAUU